GACGCCGGGCGGUGCGUGGGCUGCCCCGACUCGGGUUCCUGGGCUCGCGGCCUGCGGGAGGGGGCGGGGGUCCCGCGUCCCGGGCACGGAGCCGGUGCGACGCGCCGCAGCACCGCGGCGGAGCAGGUCCCAGGAGCUGGCCUCACCACAGUGCCCGAGUUUGGGUCCGCCGGCGGGAUGGAGGACGACGACUUCGGUGGCUUCGAGGCCGCAGAGACCUUUGAUGGUGAGCAAGGCGGAAGCCACGUGGUGUCCCCUGCCGUGCCCUGGGCCACCUUUCCUGCAGUAUCCGGAGUCGGUCUCGCAGCAGCCUCUCCGGAGCUCGUCCUGGACCAUGACCGCUCGCCCCCUUCCUCGGGCCACCUCCCUUCAGAAACCAUCCUUUCCUCGCCAGACGACACGCGCGCAGACAGCAGCCUUGUGAGCCAGAGCCUCCCGAAAGCUCAGAUUCAGCAGUCGGCGCACACACAUCUGAAUAUCCCGCUCUUCCCCCUGGGGCUGGCAGCCGAGCCGAGCCAUGGGGCGGUCGCUCUGGAGGACGAGGCCGAGGGUCCUGGGGCUGAUGCGUCCAGCACUCAGCUCCAGCAAAAAAUCUCAAGUCUGGAGACGAAGCUUAAGGCAUCUGAAGAAGAAAAACAGAGGAUUAAAAAGGAUGUGGAAUCUCUGAUGGAGAAGCACAGUGUCCUGGAGAAAGGCUUCCUGAAGGAGAAGGAGCAAGACGCUGUGUCCUUCCAAGCCAGAUACCGAGAGCUUCAGGAAAAGCAUAAACAAGAACUGGAAGACAUGAGGAAGGCUGGACACGAGGCGCUGAGCAUUAUUGUGGAUGAGUAUAAGGCACUUCUGCAGUCUUCAGUGAAGCAACAGCUAGACGCCAUCGAGAAACAGUACGUGUCUGCCAUCGAGAAACAGGCUCACCGCUGUGAGGAGCUGCUGCACGCCCAGCACCAGCGGCUCCUAGGCGUGCUGGACACCGAGAAGGAACUGCUGAGAGAAAAGAUCCAAGAGGCUUUAACGCAGCAGUCACAGGAGCAGAAGGAAAUGCUGGGAAGGUGCCUGCAGGAGGAACUGCAGAGGAACAAGGAGACGCUGCAGUCGGCAGUAAAGCUUGAGAAAGAAGCUAUGAAAGAUAUCGUCACCAAAGCAGUGGAAGAAGAAAGGAAAAGUCUGGAGAAAGUUCACGCGGAAGAAAGGGAAAUGUGGAAGACAGAACAUGCGAAGGAUCAAGAAAGGGUGGCGGAGGCGAUCCAGGCUGCUGUGCAGGAGCAGCGGAGGAUAAGUCAGGAAGCUGUCAAGGCAGCCAUAAUGGAGGAGCAGAGGCGAAGUGAGAAGGCCAUGGAGGAAGCCGUGAAGAGGACGCGAGACGAGCUGGUGGAGUACGUGCGGGAACAGAGGCGGGUGAGUGCACUGCCUGCGCCUUCCGCAGAUGCUUGCACCAGGGCGCUGGCCGGCACCCUGAGGCUGCUGGCGAGGACCGGGGUUGUCAGGGUCCCCAGUUUGCAGGACACCAUCGCUCCUACUUCACCCUCCAUCUUCACAAAAUAUUUUCCUGGUGCCUUUGGACAUCACUCCUGCGUGUCCCCCAUCUUUACAAAGCGCUUUUCUGGUGACCACGUGUACCCGCGUGGAGGCGGUACUGUGGAAGACCUCUCCUCUAACCCGAACUGCUUGGUCUUCAAUGGCACCCGAGACCGGUUUGCCACACCAGUGUGUCCUCGGAGAGUCCUCAGCUUGCGGGACUGGGCCUGGGUGCUCCAGGAAAGCGGGACUGGGGGAAAGGGAGGCGGGAGUGAACGGAGGGAGGAGAACCGCGUGGCAGGUGUGGAACCUCUCCACUACACCCCCUCUGCCGGCAGGGAGCUCUUCGCCACGGCCGCCGUUGCUCCUCUGUCCCUGCUCCCUGGGCAGUGUCUGCGCGAGGCCUCGGUCUCCGCCAGCCUUGCCAGCGUGCCCCGGCUGCUAGUGCGGAGCAGGAAGGUGCCAGAGCGCUGCGCAGAGGGAGCCUUUCCGAACAGCAGCGCCCAGGGCAGCGUCUGCUCAGCAGCAGGAUCCGGCCAAAGGCAGCCAGCUCCCCGCGGUGCUCUGGGCAGCAGACGCUCUGUAGUCCCUGCGGCAGGGACAGAGGUGCUGAACUGCAGGCCUGGCUCUGAAGAUGCGAGCCAGUGA